CGUGCGUGUUGAUUGUGGUGUUCUACUAAGUUUUUUUCGGCUGCAGUGCUAGAAUUUAUGCAUUUAUUUCAAGUUCUCCUAACGCAAGGUACAAAGAUCUGAAUGUAUUUAGUCAGCAGUUAUAAAAACUCGAAUUAGGAUUCCUAGCACGUGCGCACCAGGUAUUUUUAGCGCGGAGAUCUUCGAUUGGGAGAAAUGUGGACGUUAAAAAGCGAGUAGGGAUUAUCGUCGAUAUUUCGUGCCGCUAGUCAUGGAACUUAUGCAGAGGGAGCCUGAAGAAAAUUCUAAUUUUUUUUCGCGCAAUUCAGUUUUUCUGAAAUAUAAGACGCUUAUUCUCGUUGGAAUAACAGUACUGGCUGUGAUUUUGUUUUUUAUAGCCGGCUACUUUAUCGGCGCUGCAAAAUACCAGAGUCACGGUGAAGUUAAAAGCAUUCGACUGAUGGCGCAGGAAGAAGAACUUCCUCUUAUGUGGGAUGGAGUAUGUCCUAAGAAAUCUUCGAAAUGUCCUCCAAGUUUUCAGGGUGUUCCUCCUUUGCUAGUAAUUUCCCUUGAUGGAUUUCGUGCAGAUUAUCUAAACAGAGGUUAUACACCUACAUUAAAAAAUAUUUCUCAAUGUGGUACCAGUGCAGAUUUUAUGUAUCCUGUUUUUCCGACAAAAACAUUUCCGAACCAUUACAGCAUAGUUACGGGUUUAUAUCCUCAGUCUCAUGGAAUAAUAGAUAAUACUAUGUAUGAUCCUAUUAAAAAAAAAUUGUUUAAACUUGGACGUCCUGAAUCAUUCGAGUCUUUCUGGUGGGAAAAAGAACCAAUAUGGGUAACUGCUGUAAAACAAGGUAAAAAAGCUGCAAGUUUUUUUUGGCCAGGCUCGGAUGUAAAAAUCUAUAAUACUACACCUACUUUCUUUAAAAUGUACAAUUCAAAAAUACCAUACGAAGUUAGAGUUGAUCAGAUUUCAGAAUGGCUAAGUCUUCCUCCAGCAUCUCAACCAAAUUUUCUCACUCUCUAUGUCAAUGAACCUGAUAAAGCAGCUCAUAAUUAUGGUGUUCUCUCAAAACAGACAAAUGAAGCUUUGGCAAAAGUAGAUCGAAUGAUAACAAGGUUGUUUUCUAGGUUACAGCAAAAGAACCUAAUUGAUUGUGUUAAUAUCAUAAUUGUUUCAGAUCAUGGCAUGUCUGAUGUGAGCUGUAAGAAAGUUAUUCCUAUUCAAAAUUAUAUAAAUGUUAAUGAUUCAUUUAUAACUGUGGGUGCUCUGGGUAGAGUGAGACCAAAAGAAAGCAAAACAGUAUCUGAUGAGAUUUCUAAAUUACAUUGCAAAAACAAAAACAUGAGAGUUUACCGCAAAGAACAAUUGCCAGUUAGAAUGCAUUAUGCAGAUAAUCCAAGAAUUGAGCCUAUAGUCUUAGAUAUAGAUGCUGGUUGGACUAUUUCUAGCAAAAAAGUGGAACCUAAUGAUUAUUUUUGCUCUGGAGGAGCUCAUGGAUAUGACAAUUUAAUCCCUGACAUGCGAGCAAUUUUUCUAGCUUAUGGCCCAUCUUUUAAGAAAAAUUGCACUGUUGAACCUUUUUUAAAUACAGAAUUGUAUGAAUUAUUUUGUGAGCUGAUUCAUGUCAUUCCACAACCAAAUAAUGGGACAAGAGGAAGCUUGCAUCAUACCUUACUCUCUCCUACCUUGAUGCCAUCUCAGUUAGAACCUGAUGCACCAGCAACUGGAGCUAUUCCAGCAGAUGAAGUGGAAUAUAAUCUUAGAGUUAAUGCUUCUAACUGCUCUUGUGCUCAGUCUCAGAAGCAAGCUGUCAUCUUAGAUGUUAGUGCAAUCCACAGUUUGCACUUGCCGUUUGGAGUUCCAUAUAGUUCACAAGACAAUAAUACUCUCCGUCUAUUGUAUAAUAAAGAUUAUGUUACUGCAUUCGAUUUAAAAUUUCACUUACCUAUGUGGACAGCGUUUACUUUAAAUGCACAGAAAAAUCUUAGCAAGUUUGACAAUAUUUGCUGGAUUGGCGAUGCUCGAAUUCCCAUUAAUGAUGCACCACAGUGUACGGAUUACGAUGCAUUUGUUGUAAAGGAGCAAUAUAUUCUUCAGAGGCCUUUGUAUCCUCCUGAUUUUUCUGGUGCAAGUGCCAGAGAACAGGCUACUUUUGUUACUAAUUCAGUUCCAAAGUCUAUGAACCACUCCAAAAUAUUGGAAGAGAAAUUAAAUCAAAUUCUCAGUGAGUGGGUUAGAGAACAAAAUCAUCUUAAUGUGAUCAUGGGUCCAGCAUUUGAUGUUCAAGCUACUGGUAUAAGACUUUCCAGGGAAAAUAUAAUGAAUGAAACAUUAGGUCCAAUUGUUGUACCCACUCACAUAUUUGUUGUUGCUUCAUGGUGCUCUAACAGAACAGUCUCUUUAGAAGACUGUGAUCCAGCAGCUUUAGAAGUUCUUUCUUUGCUUCUACCAAAUCAUCCAUACCCUCAAAAUUGUGAACCUGCAACAAGGGUGAUCGAAAAGAAUGUUGCUCGUGUUAUUGAUGUUGAGAAUUUAACUGGGCUUUCUUUUUAUACUGGACUACCAAUAUAUGAUGCUAUACACCUGCGAACAAUGUUGCCUCAAAGAUCUAUUUCAUAAUUUAUUUUCCUUCAUUGAAGAAUGUUAGAUGUAUCAGCAUAGCAGAAUAGUUUUUAAAGUGCAAUUAAGUCUUCAAGCAUGUUUGGAAACUGUAGAAGUGAUAUUAAAUUAAACAAAAAUAUACAGCU